UUAGUUUUUCAUAUUACCCCAACAUUUCGCUUUCCGAUACUGAAAACCGCACCUUUUUAGCUGCUUCUUAGAAAAAGUUAUCAAAGAAAUGGCCGUGCUUCUUCUUUUUUGAAAUGGAUAGUAGUUGAUGAUAUUGACUUCAAAAAAACAGAGCAACAAUUACAACAAUUAAAAGAAGAUGAAGAAAAACGUCUCGACGAAGAAAAAGAAAAAUUAUGUCCAAAAUGUCUAGUAGUUUAUAUACCAAAAAAACAAGAAUUUGGACAUUGUGUAUACCAUCCAGCAUUUGUAUUCAGUAUUGAGAAAAAUAAAACACUAACAUUAAAUCAAGCUGAACAAGAAUGUAUACUAGCGAGGUUAGAAGGAAAAGAUAGACCACCACCGUUAAUUUGGAUAUGCUGCGGGAAAGAAUUUGCACAAGCUGGACAGGGCUGUGUCAAAGGACUAUGUGGUUUACCUGAAGAAUUAGCAAAACGAACUGAUAUUGAUUGGAUACAAACUGAUCCGGUUACUGUUGUACAACAAAGUUUCUUGAAUAAUCCACUUUACCAAAAAAAAUUGCAUAACAUCAUCGCUAAUUUAGAAAAAAAACAUAAAAGAAGAUAA